GCCCCACUCGGCACCCAGUCUCGGCCUUGAGCGGUAGAGCACACCUCGCAGCAGCCGGGCGCUCCCUGUAGACCACUGCGUUGGGGAGAGCUGCUGCGGAGCGGCUGUUUUUCCCUUCUCUAGGCUCCAGACGUCUCCACACUCCCUGCUCCCUUCAGCUGUCUGCUGCCAUUCCCAGAGCAUCGCAGCCAUGGGCAUCCGAGGCAUGCUGCGAGCCGCCGUGCUCCUGCUGCUCAUCAGGACUUGGCUCGCAGAGAGCAACGGCCCCAGUCCCACCCCGAAAUUCCACUUCGAGCUCUCCUCCAGCAUGCCCGAAGUCAUCCUGGAUCUCUUCAACUGCAAAAAUUGUGCAAAUGAAGCUGUGGUUCAAAAGAUUUUGGACAGGGUGCUAUCAACAUAUGAUGUCCGACUGAGACCAAAUUUUGGAGGUGCCCCUGUGCCUGUGUCAGUAUCUAUCUAUGUGUCCAGUAUUGAACAGAUCUCAGAAAUAAAUAUGGACUAUACAAUCACGAUGUUUUUGCAUCAGACCUGGAAAGACACACGCUUAGCAUACUAUGAGACCAACUUGAACCUGACUCUGGACUAUCAUAUGCAUGAGAAGCUGUGGGUCCCUGACUGCUACUUUGUGAAUAGCAAAAAUGCCUUUGUGCAUGAUGUAACUGUGGAGAAUCGUGUGUUUCAGCUUCACCCAGAUGGAACAGUGCGAUAUGGCAUCCGGCUUACCACAACAGCAGCCUGUUCCCUGGAUCUGCAAAAGUUCCCUAUGGACAAGCAAGCUUGCAAGCUGGAGGUGGAGAGCUAUGGCUAUACCAUCGAAGACAUUGUGUUAUCCUGGGAAGAUGAGAAUGCCAUCCACAUUACUGAUGAGCUGCACAUCCCUCGGUUUACCUACCUGGGGAGGACAAUUACUAGCAAGGAGGUGUAUUUCUACACAGGCUCCUACAUGCGCCUGAUAGUGAAGUUCCAGGUUCAAAGAGAAGUCCGCAGUUACCUUGUGCAGGUCUAUUGGCCCACAGUCCUCACCACUAUUCUCUCCUGGAUAUCAUUUUGGAUGAACUAUGAUUCCUCUGCUGCCAGGGUGACAAUUGGCCUAACUUCUAUUCUUGUCCUGACCACCAUCGACUCACAUAUGCGAGAUAAACUCCCCCAUAUUUCCUGUAUCAAAGCCAUUGACAUCUACAUCCUUGUGUGCCUGUUCUUCGUGUUCCUGUCCCUGCUGGAGUAUGUCUACAUCAACUACCUUUUCUUCAGCCAAGGACCUCAGCACAAUCGCAAGAGGUGCAAGAAACCCAGGAGAGUUGUUGCCCGAUACCGCUACCAAGAAGUGGUAGUGGGAAAUGUGCAGGAUGGCCUGAUUAAUGUGGAAGACAGAGUGGAAGACAGAGCUGAUCCUCUUCCUGACAGCCCCAUGCAGGCUCAUCUGGCAAGUCCGGAAAGUCUUGUGUCCUUGGUGCUCACUUCAGAACAGGCCCAACUGGCUACCUCGGAAAGCCUCAGCCCACUCUCUUCCACUCCAAGCCAGGCCCAAUUGGCCACUGGAGAAAGCCUGAGUGAUCUGCCCUCCACCUCUGAGCAAACAGUGCAUGACUGUACCAUUCACUUUCAUGGCUUCCUCACUAAUGACAGUAUUAUCCCCAUCAAAAUCCACAACCAUUCUGAGGCCCAUGGUGAUGGAGACUCUGAAGAGAGCCUAAGCUCUGAAAGCCAUGGCCAUGACAGCAGCACCAGUGGAAGGCUCAUGUUCCACAGUGGCCAGAGUGCAUAUUAAGUGCCAACGAGCUCCCUGACCCAUCACAUCGUUGGAUCCUCACAGGAGCCCUGUGAGCCAGGGAAGACAAAGCACCUUGUCCUCAGUGUUCCAAGGAAAAAGUGGAGCUUGUGUGCCAUGCUUAUGGAUGCUUGUUCUUUCUCCUUAUCUACCUAACUCUCAACUGAUGCACUCCCCUAUUGCCCCCCUUUUGCUCAAAGAAACAUCCCUACAGAAUCUACCUGUCGGGCUACUAAGCAAGAGGCUACUGAGCAGCCACUGAACAUGAACUGAGCAGGUGGAGAAUAUGGCCCUGUCCACUCAACAGGGCUCCUGAUGACAGUAGGAUGAGCCUGUAUGCCAACCUGACAGGAAGCACCAGCUCAUUGAUGGAAGUCAUGAGAGAGCUUUCCAAGCAUUCAGUCUAUGUUCCCCCUUUAUAAACAGCCUCUCCUUCAGCCCUGUACCCAUACACAGCCCACCCACAUCCUUAACUAUACUUCUGUGUUUAUAUAUUUCUGUGUAUCCCUGGGGAUGAGUGUGCAUGCAUACAAGUAGAUCUAUGUGCCAUACAACCAUUUGAGAAGCUGAAUAGCACUGCAGUAGUGUAAAUCUAUGUUAGUAUGUAUGAAUGCAUAUCUGUACUGUGUGGAUGAAUAAUUUAAAUGUAUACAUCUCUAUGACAGUGUCAGUGUACAUGUGUACUUAUAUUAACACAGGUGAAUGUAUUCUGUGUACAUUUCUAGAAAGUAUAUGUCUAUAUGCCUCUGUUUAUCAAAUUUAGUUGGUGUAAAAGAACAUACAUCAAAAACCCUAUGUAUUCCCUGUUGGAGGUUCUUGUAGACUCUAGUGACCUGUUUUGACACAGUGGGGAGAGUCUUGUUUAGCUGGACUGACUGUUUCUUUCUAGUUCUAGGGAGCCAACAAGUAGGGUCUAUUGGUCUCCAUCAACUCCUCAUUCUUCCUCCACCCAUCUCUGCUGUGUCCUGGGUAGAAGACCCAGAGGAAGUGAACAUAGUCCUAAGAAGCGGUAAUGUUAGUGCCUUGGGGAUAGAGAGUAAUUGGUCCAUGGGAUAAACUUGGAGUGCUGAGCAUUUGGCUUGAUGCUGAAAGGUACCAAAAGAUGAACUGGGAAUAGAAAUAAGGUGUGGACAAUGGGGUAGGUAUUCAGAGACUUGGAGAAAAGGUUAUUCAUAAUUUUAAAAUUCAUUUCAUUACCCUAUUCACUAUGUGAGCCUGACACAGAUGAGGAUUGCUUGCAGCUACAGACAAGCAUGCAGUGAAAGGAUGUGCCUAGAAUGUUGGGUGCCAACAGCUACAUUCUAAGAACCAAAGGUGCCUGAGAUGUCUGGGGACAAGGACUGUGGUGGUGGGCCUAUGGGAGAAGUAUAUUUGUAGCUCAUCCUAGGACAGUUGUUGGCUGUUUGAAUAGGCCCCAAAUUCUCUACCUUGAAUUUGAAAUUUGAACAUUUCUGACUUUAGCUCAAUUCAAGGAAAGAUUCAGAGAAGUGAAAGUGGAAAGAAGCCCAGGUACUGACUAGAUGGUCCCAGUGUAUUGCCCCUUCUCUUCUCCACACGUAGAUGAAGUUCCAGACUCACACACAGCCACACACACCCAUGCCAUCACACAUGCAUACAUACACAUCAGGAGUACCCACAUUUCUAGUUACACUCACAGGCAUAGCCAGACAUACACACUCACAAAUAGAGAUGCAUAUACUCACACAUACUUUUAAGACAACUCAAAACAAGGACAUUACUACCAAAAUGUCUAAGAUUGCCUCUUUUGUUUUCAGAAGCCAGCACAAAGAGGUCCAGAUUAAAGGGAGAACAGAGAGCUCUCAUCUGGAAUCUGAACAUUCAUUGGCUGUGUUCUUGGAUUUGGAGCCCUACAAUCUUGAAGUGUUGAACACAUCAUUGGAGUAAAGUUGCAAAGAGGAAUUGGAGUAGUGGGAACAAAGGGGCAGCAGGGGAAGGGCAGAGAGCCCAGUUGUAAAUAUCCACAUAGCUAGAUAUAUCAUACCCUUAAAAGACUAUUUUGCCCUAAUGCGCUACAACGAAAGCAGUUAAAUUCUAUUGUGAUUCAUAUUCUGUGAGAUUAAGUGUCAAAGUGCUGUGGAGAUUUGGCAAUGACAACUUUUCAGGAACUUGAAUCUUCUGGUUUUCCCAUGUCUGUGGCAUCUCUUAAAAGUUUCCAGAUCUCCCCUUGUGUUCUGUGUGUGGUCUAUUGUCCAUUGUCAAGCCUGAUUCUAGCUGUUCCUAGUCCCCCUCCCAUGCAGGCAUACCCUCUCUAUCUGGCUGCCUAUGUUUCUUUCCUAAUGUCCCCCAACACCAAGCAGUUGCUAAAGUGCAGAGGACCUGCUCCUGGAGUUCAGCCAGUCCAAGAGCUUGGACAGAAGGAAGAGCCUUACUGAAUCUGGGAUGGAGCAAUCCCACUUUACUACUCUCCUGUCUUGCCCUCCCCUUACCUUUUACCCUAGAAUCCGUAACUGAGCAGGACACUAGCUGUCUGUCUUUCCAAAUUGUCAUUUUGUUGAAGAAAUGUGUGAUACAUUUCCCGCCCAGUUUGAUUUGCACUGUGGGGUGUCUGCAGAGAGAAUAAUAUGUUAUGUCUUAAUGGAGUUCAUCCAGUGUAUUCUUACAAUUUGUGUCAUCCUCGAUAGUUGCAAGGCUGCAAACUCUUGGCAUACUUAGAAGGAAGUUUUGCUGAGAUGGUGACCAUUCCUAAUGAGGGUUCCUUACUCUGUAUAUAUAGUAGCUACACCUUCAAGCUACUAAGCACUCCAUCUGCAUGACCCUGUGGUAGUAAGAAGAAACUUUCUAGCUGCUCCACAACCCAGCAUCCAAUGUAAUUGUAACUGUCCUACCAAAAAUGGAGUAUGUUCAUGUUUGUUGUAUAAUAUCCUGAGAUUAAUAUGAAAUCUACAUUAUCA